AUGUGCUUGCUACUGGUUCUCAAUUGUUCCCGACCAAUAAAAUGUGGUUGGAAUUACGCGGACGGCUACAACCCCAUGGACGGGCUGCUUCAUUCGGAGCUCGAUAAAUUUAAAACCCCUGAUGCGGCGGCACAAUCCAUCCCCAACUAUCAGUUCGUACACAAACGCCACGUGUGCGGUUUCUGCAAGAAAGUCUUCAUCCUGAAGAACCGGCUCAGGCGGCACAUGCAGUGCGGCUGCAAGAUGAACCCGAGGAAAUCUCAGUUCGCCUGCUCCUUUUGCCCCUACAAGACCACCUACAAAGCGAACAUGGAGAGGCACGUUCGAAACGUUCACGAAACAGGCGCGCUCAAGUUUCGUUGCGAUCUCUGCAACUUCCGCAGCAACUAUUCGUUCUGCGUGCGAAGGCACAUGAAGACUUUUCAUCGCACCCCUGACUCGGCCGAGGCGAAACAGUAG